CCAUUUUUACAGUUCUUGAAAUUCAUUUCUCUUCUCCAUUUCCGAUUCUCUAAUGUCGUCUGAAUCCGAAAACCCUGCUCCAAUUCCAAUGGAACAACGUGAUGAAGAGAACUCCGCUGCAGCUCAGAGCAAGAAAGCUGCAAAGAAAGAAGCAGCCAAGCUUGAGAAAGAGCGUCGUCGCCAGCAACAUUCAGCCGCCGCCGCCGCUUCAACUGCUCUCUCCGGUGUGUCGCUCGAUGAGGCCGCCGAUCCUUUGGCGGAAAAUUAUGGCAUGGUUCCUCUUGUUGAACUCCAAUCGAAGGCCGUAACUGGUCGUGUCUGGACUGAAGUUGGAUUGCUUGUGGCGGAACUUAAGGACCAGAGCGUACUUGUACGUGGACGAUUACAGACGAUCCGAGGCGUGAGUAAGAAAAUGGCCUUCUUUGUUUUGAGAGAGAAGGGAUUUACUGUUCAAUGUGUGUUGUCUGUUGCGCCCAACCUUGUUAGCCCUCAGAUGGUGAAGUUUGUCACAAGUCUGAAUAAAGAAUCGAUUGUUGAUGUUGAAGGGGUUAUCACUGUUCCUAAGGAUCCCAUUAAGGGUGCUUCUCAGCAGGUUGAGAUUCAAGCAAGGAAAGUUCGAUGUAUUAGUUUGGCAAUGGCUCCUUUACCUAUCAAUAUUGAGGAUGCUGCACGCAGUGAUGUUGAAAUUGAGAAAGCUAUUGAGGCUGGAGAACAGCUAGUGCGAGUUAAUCAGGACACUCGUCUGAACAAUCGUGUGCUCGACUUGCGCACACCUGCGAAUAAUGCGAUUUUCCGCAUUCAAUGGAAGGUUCAAGAGAUAUUCGAAAGGUUUUUGGUAUCGAAAGGAUUUUUUGGGAUUCAUACACCUAAAUUGAUGGGUGGUUCCAGUGAGGGUGGAUCUGCAGUUUUCAGGCUUCAAUAUAAAGGACAACCUGCAUGUUUGGCUCAGUCGCCUCAGCUUCAUAAGCAAAUGUCAAUAUGUGGUGAUUUUGGAAGAGUUUUUGAGAUUGGUCCGGUUUUCAGAGCAGAAGACUCGUUUACCCAUAGACAUUUGUGUGAGUUUACAGGUCUUGAUGUUGAAAUGGAAAUUAAAGAGCAUUACUCUGAGGUGAUGGACAUUGUAGAUGGAUUAUUUGUUGCUAUAUUUGAUACUCUAAAUGCAGAAUGCCAGAAAGAACUUGGUGCAAUUAACCAACAGUAUCCAUUUCAGCCCCUGAAGAAGACAUUAAGGCUGACAUUUCCGGAAGGGAUCCAAAUGCUGAAGGAAGCUGGUGUCGAAGUUGAUCCUCUUGGAGAUCUAAACACAGAGAUAGAGAGAAAACUGGGCCAACUUGUUUUUGAAAAGUACGGUACUGAGUUUUAUAUACUGCAUCGAUACCCUUUAGCUGUUCGUCCAUUCUAUACCAUGCCUUGCUGUGAUGACUCAGCUUACAGUAACUCAUUUGAUGUCUUCAUUCGAGGCGAGGAGAUAAUAUCAGGUGCUCAACGUGUACAUGUACCUGAAUUCUUGGAGACACGUGCAAAAGCUUGCGGGAUUGAAGUUAGCACAAUAACAACUUAUAUUGAUUCUUUCAGGAGUGGAGCACCACCACAUGGUGGGUUCGGAGUUGGGUUAGAACGAGUGGUGAUGCUAUUUUGCGCUCUCAACAACAUUCGCAAGACUUCGCUCUUUCCUCGUGAUCCUCAAAGGCUUGCCCCUUGAUAAAUGCUACCUUAAAUUAUCAUUUUAUAAUAAACAUGUUUCCUUGAAUGUUUGGUUUUAUGUGUGUUUUCAGUGUUUUUUUAGAAAGAUAGCAAUCUUUCUGCCUUUGUAGUAAUGCUACAUGAUCUCUCCUUUUAUACAUGUACUUUUUUGCCAUGUAAUUUCCCUACACAUUGAGUUUAUUUGGUUACACAGCUUUUACAUAAGGAUUUUAUUCUAGAU